CAUGAAAGGGUAGAUGGGCUCUUCGCGCUCCCGCGCUCCACGCUCUUUUGCGCAGAGCCCCUACCGAAGCAAGCUCUCCUAAGCUAGCUUCCAUAAUGGCAGCCCAGAAUGCAAACGAUGAACUCUCUGAACUGCGCAUCGUCUCCCCUGACGACGAGAAAAUCAUCGCUGCUGCCAAAUGGACGCCGCGCCUGGAGCUGGCGUGUGAGGGCAAGCGCUGCUUGCUGCUGGGAGGCCACCAGAUCGCCACCAACACCAUCAUGGUCUGGUGCACAUGCGGCGCUGCCGACUGCGACCACCCGGACGGCUCCCGCCUCAUGGCGCUGGACUCGUGGGUGAUUGAGCACUGCAGGGGCGAGGACCUGGCCAAGUACGAGGACGCCGACGAGGACGAGGAGGGCGGCGGCGGCAGCGAGGACGGCGACAAGCUGGACAAGCUGGACGCAAUGGUGAUGGAGGCGGCAGUGGUGGUGCGGGUGGAGAGGAACGUGCUGCCCAAGCAGGUGUCUCUGCGGCAGCUGCUGUGCAACGUGCUGGUGUCACAGGGCGGCAACAGUCUCCUCAAGGGCGUGCACUUCUGGGUGUAUUGGUACGACCAGGCCAUUCCGCGGCCCCAGGACCGCGAGUAUCGCGGCAUCGGCACCAGCUGGGUGCCGGGGCCGCUGGCGCGCAAGGAUCUGGGAGUGUGGUACAAGGCGCGCAUCAUCAAGUGCGACGCCACCGCCGGCACCAUCACGGUGACGUACGACGUGGACAACAGCCAGGACGAGAUGUACCUGCUGGUGGCCUUCACACACUUUGGCGUGGAGCCGCCAAGCCGAGGCGGGUGGCCCGUCGUGCUGCCCGACAUGGAGCGGGUGGCAACUCUGGGCAUGCCCGGCGCUUCAAAGUCUGGCAAAGCCAAGCUGAAGACCGCCAAGCGCCCUCGCGAUGAGCUGGGGGACUUCGUGGUGCCGCUGGACAGCGAGCGGCCACCGGCUAAGAAGCCUGCCACCGCCGCAGCCAAGGCGAGCGGCGGCGAGGCUGUGACCAAAAAGAAGGCAAAAGCAGCACCAGCGGCGGCGGAAGGAUCGGCAGCGGGAGGCUCGGGGUCGGGGGCAGCGGUGAAGAGUGGUGGAGGGGCGUCGGUUGGGACAAAGCCCGUUCCGGCCGCUGCCAAGCCGGCAGCAGUGGCGCCCAAAAAGGCAGGCGCAAACGCAGCAGCCGCCAAGCCGGCUAACGCGGCAGGUAAACCCGCGGUCGCGGCCAAGGCCGCAAAGCGUUCAGCGCCGGUGCCUGUGGAAUCCGAGGAGGAGGAUGAAGACGGCGACGAUGAGGAUGAGAAGCCAGAUGCUGCGACAGCGCCCGCGCCAAAGCCCGCACCAGUGCAGGCAAGGCCUCCCGCCAAAGCACCUGCGCCGGCCGCUGCAGCCGCAGUCCCUGCGGCCACGGCAGCCCCAAAGCCAUCACCACCGCCGCUGCCUCAGAAGCCACCGCAGCAGAAGCAGCCUUCCGCCUCUCCCGCUGCACCCAACGUACCGGCUGCCGUGACGUCAUCCGACCCCCGCAGCCGCCCGGCCACUUCCACACUCGCACCCGCGCCUGCGUCUGCGCCGCCGCGCCACGAGUUUGAGCCGCUGCCUCUGGCCCUCACGUCACCGAGCGUACCGAGCCCCCCGAUGCCGUUGCCUCCCAGUGCGGAUCAACGCAAGGCUCUGAAGUCGGCGGCAAAGUUGCGCCUUGGCUUCUGCCGCCUGCUUAGCGGCAAGGCCGAGCAGUUUCCUGUCUUCGCAUUCAACGAGGUGGACGCCGAGCAGCCGCCCAACUUUGACUACCUGUUGCAUAAUGAGGAGGCGGUGGCGGCGGAGCUGGCGGCGGCGCAGCAGAUGCAGCCCGGCGUGGCGGCGGCGCUGAAGGACCUGCAGGACCAAGCCAGCGCAUCACAACCACGGUAUGGUGAGGCGUGUGGGCGCUGCUACCACAGCGCCGUGCGACAGCGGGAGGAGCAAGAGGACGCCGCGGCCGGCAAGGCGCGCCGGCCGCCGCUGUCUGAGCCGGCCAGCUACGACGCCAGCGGGCGCCUGCUCAUCACACGCCCGUUGGGUCUACACGAGUGCAGCCCGGCCUGCAGGGACGCGCUGUGCCGCGCCAACAUGACGUUAUCUCUGGGGCUGCGCCGCACGCUCGAGGUGUUCAGGACGCCGGACCGCAGCUGGGGCGUGCGAUGUCGGGAGCCGCUCUCACCCGGGGACUUCGUGGCGCCACUGGUUGGGCGGCUGGUUCCGGCGGCGCAGCUGCUGCUGCGGGAGCAGGGGCCCGGGCCGGCCGCCGCCCUCGGCGCUGGCUCCGCGCUGGCGGCCCCCGGUGUGGUGCUGCUCAACCACUUCUUUGAGCUGUGGGAGGCUGUGUACUCGCGUGGCCUGACCUGGUGCGACCAGCACGUGCGCACCUGGCAGCUGCCGCCCAACCCGCUGGCGGCGGCGCUGGUGGACGGCUCCGCCUACGCCGACCUGCCGCGGCCCCCUGCUGACAGCAGCAUCGGCAGUGGCAGUAGCAACGGUGCCGGUGGCGGCGGCAGUAGCAACGGCACCACCAACCCAGCUCCGCCCGCCUCGGCGCUGCGGCGGCCGCUGGGUGCCAUGUUGGCGCUUGACACGCGGCGUGCCGGCAACGUGGCACGAUUUGUACGGCACUGCUACGGCAGGCCGGGCGAGGGAGCCGCUGCAGCUGGUGGCGCGGCUAGCGCCGCAGCUGGAGGCGGGGGCGGGAACGGGGGCGGGGACGGGGAUGGGGUCGCAGGCGUAGGCGGCAGUGGGCCGGCACUGGUGAUUCAGCCGGUGCUGUGUGGUGCGCACUGCCGCAGUCCCCUGCUGUACUGUGUGGGGCUCUACGUGGCCAGGCACGUGCGGGCGGGCGAGGAGCUCACGUGCGACUGGCGCGCGGUGUCGCUGGCGCCUCUGCCGGGGCCGGCGGCCCGGGUCGGGGCGGUGGGGAGGGGUUGAUGCGGGGGAUUGACUCGGGCAUGAGUGCUGAAGGGCCUUGCAGGCAAAUUGACACGCAACGUGUAGCGCGGCCAAGAGCAUCGGGAUCGUGCCUAUCAGGAUUUAGGUCAAAACGAGUAGGUAGCAGAUGUUGUUUUUGUAGUGUCGUAGCUGGCGGACCCGCAAGGCCUUAACUGAGAUCAUUAGGUGACCGCCUGACGGGUGCGAACAAGGCGGGCGUAUAUGCAGGAGCAAGGCAGGAGCUGGCAGGAGCAGGAUAGGGGGUCCUUGCCCGUGGAUGAGUGUGAUUUGCACUGUGCAUGGCAUGACCGUGAGCUGGUGGUAUCAUUAAUGGCGGGGACUGUUUCUGCGCAAAUGCGGGCGGGGAGUACGGCUGGGCGUUAGAGGUGGUUG